UGUAAACAUUUUUCAAGCGGGAGUCUCGUAGUCACGUGACCUGCUGGGGAGUUAGAGGAAUCGAAUGACACUGUGUAAGAAAGUUUACUUUGCAGUUCAGUUUGUGUUUUAUUGGCUACUACAGCCCCGGUUCGUCUCAUAGCGGGUCUGCACACGGGAGAUUAUCUCAAAAGCAGUUGUGGAAACUGUAACAGAAUCUAAACAUAUUGACAGCGUCAUCAAAUAUAAUUUAAACGAUGUUCUAUUGUUCAACUGGAGACACUGUUUCCUACUCUAAGUGCACAUCUUGAGUCGCCUUAUUGGGCUUUGUCGUAGGUUGUGCUGAAAAUAAAAUACAAAGGGAACGACACUGAUUAGCUUGAGUGCUAGCCCGACUGACGUUUUUGAACCACGUGAUCAGCAGCGACCUCUCGACCCCUCCCUUCUGGCUCAAGUAAAGCUUUUCGACGCCGCAAUUGGUCAACUUAUGCCCGGGUCUAUUUUGUGACUGGUGAAAAAAAGAAGAAGGCGGUCCGGUUCGGUUAGAGAAAUCUUCCGGCUUACAUGUUGAGCAAAAAAGAGAAGACGAAUGGAAAAAAAUAUUCCAGAAAAACACCACAACAUUAGAACUCUGUGAUACGGUCUUAUAUGGAUAAAAUGAGCUCUCAACAAUUCCCCCGUCACGGAAUGCCUGUUUCUAGUGGAGGACCAACACCAAUCUCUGCUGCUGGAAACCUUGUGUCUAUUAAUCAAGCGUCAAAUACACAAGCUGAUGCUGAUGGCAGUCGGGAUGCAGAGCAUGGACAGCAGGAACAUCAACCAGCAGGGGGAGGACCAACCUUGGCCUUCAGAGAUGACAAGCAGGAGACCAUGGUGGUCAGACCUUAUCCACAAGUGCAGACCCAUGGCCAGCCACAAGCUGCUCCCCAGACUGUACCAGUGCAGGCUGGUACACCUGUGCCUCUACCUGCUCCUUCUGUGCAUCUACCACAGGGUCAAACAGCAGUCCUCACUGAGGGGCAGAUGAAGGCUGUCUUAAAGUCACCCAUGCCAAGUCGUCUUAUUGCCCCCGCCCCUGCCUCCAACCAGCCUCAUAUCCCCAUACCUCCAAAGGUGCCAGGUCACAUCACAGUCACUAUAGAGAGUAGUAUUGCUCCAACCCCAUCUAUCCCUGUGGCUACAAUCAGUAGUCAGGGUCACCCCAGCAACUUACACCAUCUGAUGCCUGCUAACAUUCAGAUCAUACGAGGCAGUGCUCCUGCCCUGCAAAUCGGGACCUCUGCUGUCCCUCCUCAGACGUUCACAUCCCAUUUACCAAGAGGUGCUGCGGCAGCAGCGGUUAUGUCCAGCUCCAAAACUGUCCUGCGUCCAGCAACCGGUGCAAGUGCGGGUCCCGGCCAGCCCACAUUGCAGCACAUAAUCCACCAGGCCAUUCAGUCUCGUCCUGCUGUUACAACCUCCACAGCUGUGCUUCCAACUGUGGUGGCUCCCAUCUCUGCCACCAGAACGCAGUCUCCGGUUAUUAAUCCGACUGUUACACACCCUGCCGAGGUCACACAUGGCCGCCCAGGCCUGACCAUCCACCCACCUCCAGCCACUGUUAGUAUCCAGAGGCCUCAAAAUUCCCGGGACACUGCCACAAGAAUCACGCUUCCUUCACAUCCUGCAAUUGGGGCCCAAAAGCCUCAGGCUCCACACACUAUGACACAGAAGCCUAUUUUCAGCACUGUGACACCAGUGGCCGCAGCAACUGUGGCACCAAUCGUUGCCACAACCGUGCCGUCAACCACCACUAUAGGCACUGUACCACAUACUCAGAUCACCAGUAACGCUCUGGUCACCAUGACUAUGGCAUCUCACUCGUCUCAUACGGCUGUAACCACCUCAACCAUCCCCGUGGCCAAAGUGGUGCCUCAGCCCAUCGCUCACUCCUCAUCACGUGUGCAAUCUGACUACCCAGGAGAGAGAACCAACCUCAUCCCAAUCCCAGGACAUCGAUCUUCUCCUAACCCGGCCACCAUGGAGGCAAGAAGUGACAACAGGUGAGGCUCGGGGGUUUUCUUUUUUUUUUUUUUCCCGUCACACUCCCCCCCCCCCCCCCCCCCCCCCCCCCACCUCUUCCCCUCUUCCCACACUCCUCCCUCACCCAUCAGCAGCUCCGUGUCUACCAUCAGGCAAUACCCAGUCACUCCCCAAGCUCCCAGUUCAGCGCUGCCCACACAACCAGGAGUGGGCGUGGCCACCACCGUCCACCUGAACCACAUGCAGCUGAUGGCGGUUGACCGCAUCGGUCUGCCCUCUGCACAAAUCAGCACCCAAGGAAUUCAGCCGGCGCCGAUCGCUGCUCAAGGCAUUCAGCCUGCACCGAUAGGAGUGCAGGGCCUGCACACCUCUGCCUCCAUAACGACACAGGGCAUUCAGCAGACGCCUGUGGUCACACAGCAGCAGCAGCAGCCACAGUCUGAGGCGAAACCUGGGGUUGUUUUGGCUGAUGGGUUCGUAGCCAGUCCAAUCAGCAGUACCUUUGGGGCCACUCAGCCUGUUGCUACAAUGGUGCAGGCACAUGCCCAAGGAGGAGGUGCUCCCACACUAGUCUCCUCCCCGAGACCCAGCAUCCUCCGCAAGAAGCCCGCAAAUGAAAGUUGUGUUCGUAAGAACCUCAUUCCUGCACAGCCUGCUGACUCGGGCAGUGGUCGAAUGGACAGCGGCGUGAGAGGAGCAGGAUCUCCUCGACCCGCAGGUGGUAAACCUAAAGCUGAGGUGCACAUGGCUGUGGCUCCUCCCGUCAUGGCGACAGUAGAAGCUCUACCUUCCAAGUUGGGAGAACAGCAGGUGGUGUCCUCUGGGACCCAGCACCUUGCCCAGGCCAUCCCCACCUUGCUGACCACCCCGGGACCCGUGCCUCCCUCUCAGCCGUCGACCGUCCUGUCAGCGCUACCGGCCACCAUGGCCGUGACUCCCUCUGUUCCCAUUUCAAUGGCCAACACUGUGGCUUCUCCCAUACAGCCUGCUGCCAGUAGCACUGUAGCAGGGGCUGCCAGCUCCAACUGCCAAGAAGUGAAAAUUAAGCAGGAGGUAGAGAACAUGGAAACCCAGCCAGAUUCAAAUGCAAACCUGUCGUUACCACCGCCGCUCAACAUCCAGGCUUCCACCCUCAACGCUCCCCCGGGAGAACUGAUCCCCGGCGCGUCUCCUCGAAAGAAGCCCCGCAAGCAGCAGCAUGUCAUAUCUACGGAGGAGAGUGAAAUGGUGGAGACCAACAGCACAGAUGAGGAAAAGACCCCAGGAAGGCCGAUCACCGGCAGGGCUGAGAGGUGCGAGUCUCCGCCAAGAGAGUAUGUCGAUGAAGAGGGAGUCCGCUACGUUCCAGUCCGACCUCGACCUCCUGUCACUCUCCUGCGUCACUACCGUAACCCCUGGAAAGCUGCCUAUCACCAUUUCCAGAGAUACAGCGACAUUAGAGUCAAAGAGGAAAAGAAGGGUACUUUACAAGACAUGGCCAAUCAGAGAGGAGUCGCCUGCAGGGCUCAGGGCUGGAAGAUUCACCUGUGUGCUGCUCAACUCAGGCAGUUGUCCAGUUUGGAGCAUGAUGUGUACAGCCGUCUGUCUACCCUUCAAGAGGGCCUCAUCCCAAAAAAGAGAGCAGGAGCCGAUGAUGACCUUCACCGAAUCAAUGAGCUGAUACAGGGCAACAUGCAACGCUGCAAGCUGGUGAUGGACCAGGUAACGGAGGCCAGGGACACCAUGAUGAAAGUACUGGACCACAAGGAGAAGGUUCUGAAGCUGCUCAACAAAAACGGUGCCGUCAAAAAGUCCUCCAAGCUAAAGCGCAAAGAGCGGGCGUGAGAGACGGACUCUUCGUUGACGACAGCGGCUGUCAACUGAUCUCUGACGGUGCCCGAAAGAGCUGGUCAGAAUUUGGUGCUAUGAUUCGCUGCAUACAAUCUCACACACCAUCCCUACAUGCGUUUGGGCCAGCAGAGAGAAUGUGAGAGAAAAAGAAAGAGUCGAAGACGCAGCAUUUAUGUUCUGUGUGUGGUCAUGGACCUGUCACCGAUGAUCCAUAUUCUGUUCAUUUGACAAUUUAGUUUGUGCAUCGUUCUUUAUGAGACUAAAGGUUCAGUGCAGAACUGCUGUGAAUUUGUAGCACUAAGUUCAAGUAAUGUGAAGGCCUUAGUAUUUCAUCUUAACCACACAAAAGUUGUUCAUUUGAUUUAUUCCUUUUUAAAUCAUUUGAGUUCAUACAGUCAGUGUGAAAUAUUGGGAAAAAGAUUGCGCUUUCCUCUUCUUUUUUUUUUCCUCCAAACACAUUUGUUUACAGAUAAACACUUACCUCUACAUUUGGUGAGAAAUGAACAAUGACAAAUGUGUGGUCUGUAGGUAAACAAAAAACGUAUUAAAAACUUCACCUUAAAACAAAAGUUCUCAUAUGGCGUGGCGUGAAAAAAGAGAGGGUGUGAAUAGAUAUCUGAACGUGUAAAAAAAAAAA